AUACUAGUGGCCUACUUAUAUUACGUCAAAUUUCCAUGAAAGUCUUCUUUGGCUACAAAAGUAUGACCAAACAAUAUUCGUUUCACAUUCAGUCUCAGUUCACUACUCACGAAACCAACGAGAUCGAGGUAUCUAGAUAAGCAGCUCCUUCAUCUAACCCUAAAUCUCUCUCUCUCUCUCUCUCUAGACUCCCUUCUUGACCAUUUGAAUAAACACAAAAGUGGAUCAUAGAAGGAAUGGGAAGAGGCCUAUUGCAUCCGAUGAAUCAUCGGAGAAGAUCAAAGAGGAAAAAGAAGAAGAAGAAGAAGGAGGAGGAGGAGGAGGAGAAGAAGAAUACAUGAUGAACUUCCCUGCUUACUCGGCUCGAUCCGAACAAGAUACCGCGGCCAUGGUCUCAGCUCUCUCUCAAAUUAUUGGAAACAGUACUACUAGUACUACUGAUCAUGAUAAAACCCUAGUACUUGCUCAUGACUUUCAUGCCAACUCGUCAUCAGCCUUCUCCCAAAACCAAUCGAAUUACCAAUCUCGUCAACAAAAUCAAGAUCAAGGUAAUAUUAAGAGGAGACACUAUAGGGGAGUGAGGCAAAGGCCAUGGGGCAAAUGGGCAGCCGAAAUCCGCGACCCGAAAAAGGCUGCCCGGGUCUGGUUGGGGACUUUCGACACGGCUGAAGGUGCAGCACUUGCCUAUGAUGAAGCUGCUCUUAGAUUCAGAGGAAACAAAGCCAAGCUUAAUUUCCCCGAAAGAGUCCAAGGGAAAACCACCGAAUUUUUCGGUUACCAAAAUUCACUCGCUCCUGCUCCUGCUCCUCCUCCUCCCCUUUUAUCUCCCGAUCAAACGAAUUACACUAAUGUUCUUCAAUAUGCACAACUUCUUCAAGGUGGGGGUAGACACAUUAAUGUAAACGAUGGAAUUUCGGGUAAUUCGGGCAAUUAUCCUGGAGGAACAUUUGUUUCUCAAACUGUAACAUCAUCUGAUCAGCGACAAGAAGGAGAGAUCAUGAGAUAUUCGUCUGAUCAGAUUGGAAAUUCCUAUUCAAGUUCUGAUUCUAAUAGGAAUUGGGAAGACUUUGAUAUCAAGAAGGAGUACUAGCUAAGAUAGAUGCAUGGAAGCUGGUGAUAUAUAGAAUGUAAGUUGUUAUUUUGCAUUGCACUGUUUUCAAAUUAUAUAAAUUUGUUAUAUAUAUAUAUAUCCAGAUGCAUGUUUUCAAGAAGUUUAAGUUUGAUGAAAUUCAACUGAGGGAGAGAAUGUAAUCAGCUUGCGAUUUCCGUAUUAAUUAAUACCUUUAUAUUGGUUUUCUGUCAGUA